AUGCACAAGAACUAUCAGUGCCUUCAGGAGCCGUGCGCAGUCGCGGGCCGCUACCAGCCCAAGGGAACAUACGUGAAGACAUAUCAGAUCGUCUCGGCCGGGAGCGACUUCUGCAGCACGGAGUGGUCCGCAAUCGGCGUCACCAAGUAUCGCAACGACUCGAAAAAGUACUCCAAGAACUACUGCUUCGCAUCCGCAUACAUCCCCGCGAUGCUGGACGCCUAUGGCAUCGACCCCGACACGGAUACGGUCACCUACGCGUCGUCGGUCGGCGGCGAGGCCCUCGAGUGGCCGCUCGGCUGCCAGCUCUACAACAAUCUCGUGGGCAUGGUUGGGAUGCCGCCGCGCGUUGUCAAUGACCACAGCAAGGCAGAGCUGUGA